GAGAACUGGGUUUUUCUCAAACCCAGAUCUGGGUUUUUUUCAAACAUGCAUAAAGAAAAGCGCACGAACAUUCAUAGAAGCUGUGCAGUUGGGGCAUGUCUUGGAGUUGUGGCCGUUGUGGCUGCAAUGCGAGCAGCGCCGACUCAUUUUUGGUCCGGGCUCGAUAGAUUGAGGAAGGGGCAGAGGGAUGAGAGAGAGAAGGGAGGAAGAAGAAGAAUAACGAACAUUCAUAGAAGCUAUGCAGUUGGGGCAUGUCUUGGAGUUGUGGCCGUUGUGGCUGCAAUGCGAGCAGCGCCGACUCAUUUUUGGGUCCGAGCUCGACAGAUCAAGGAAGGGGCAGAGGGAUGAGAGAGAAGGGAGGAAGAAGAAGAAUAAUAAUAAUAAUAUAAUAAUAAAUUAUGUGGGUCUUU